AUGAAGAUUUCUGCCGUUUUACAUCUGGUUGCUCUCGCGGCUUUACUUCACGCUUGUUCUCACGUGUGUGCCAUUCCUCCAGAAUGUGAUCUAGUCUUCAUGCUAGUCAGAGAGGAGGAAAACUGCUACAACAUCAUCUAUCAAGAGAACCGGACAGAGACCGGGUCCACACGCACAGGUUGCAGUGCUUUAUGGGAUGAUCUGAACUGCUGGCCUCAUGCUGAAGUGGGAGAGACUGUGUCACGGCCGUGCCCUAGUUUCCUUCGGGUCAAAGGAGCGGUGAUGAAAAACUGCACUGAGAAUGGCUGGUCUGAAGUCUUUCCCCCGUACGAACUCGCCUGUGGCCAUGGGCUCAACGACAGCUUUCAAAUUCCCAUUGACUCGGUACUGGUCUCACAUGAGUAUUUCUUUUAUGUGAAGAUUAUGUAUUCUGCGGGAUAUGCCAUCUCUCUUGUCUCACUCAGCAUUGCCCUCACAGUGUUGUGUGUGUUCAGGAAGCUGCGCUGUACUCGUAAUUUUAUUCACAUGCAGCUUUUUUUGUCCUUCAUCCUGAGAGCCAUCUUCAUCUUCAUCAGAGAUGCUGCACUGCAUUACUCACAGGAGUACUACCACUGCAACUCUCAUCCGCCUGGCUGUAAAGUGGCACUGUUCCUGUCUAAUUACUGCAUCCUGGCAAAUUACAGCUGGCUGCUGGUGGAAGGACAUUAUCUGCACAGCCUCAUUAACCUCUCACUGCGUUCACAGAAGAAACGCCUGCACUGGUACAUCCUACUUGGCUGGGGGAUCCCGAUGCUCAUUAUUAUUAGCUGGAGUUUGGCCAAAUACCUGCAUCAGGAUGAAGGAUGCUGGGAGACGAGAGAUCAUGGCUGGAUAUGGUGGAUACUGCGAGUUCCAGUCAUCAUUUUUAUCACAGUAAACAUGCUGUUUUUUCUGAGUAUUAUUCAGACAUUAGUGGCAAAACUGAAAGCUCCUGACAUGCAUAGAAAUGACGUCAAUCAUCACAGGAAGCUGGCGAAAUCUACAUUUCUUUUAGUGUCGCUGUUUGGGCUGCAAUAUGUGCUCUUCGCCUUUUUCCCUGAUAGAGUGAGCAUGCUAACCUUCAAAAUCUGGAAUGUCAUUGAGCUAGCAUUUGCAUCCACACAGGGCUUUAUUGUGGCUCUGCUGUACUGUUUUUUGAAUGGAGAGGUACAAUAUGAAGCCCAAAGACGAUGGCGACGGUGGCGCCUGAAGCAGCGCUUCCAUGGUGACCCCAGGGUGCAUCACGGCUCCCUGAGUAACAGUGGCCUGCCGCUGACACAGGUCUCACUUCUGACACGUCCCAGCACACAGAUCACCUGACCACAAGCACCCAACGCCACCUCAGAUCACUCGAACCACAAUCCAACAGCUAAAAUCAUGCACAGUCCAUUAAAACGACACAAUC